AUGCCAAAAGCACAUAUUAAGUUGCAGGUUGGGCUUAUAUGGGCGCUGGUUGCCGCGCUGAGGCACGCAGGGUGCGUGCAUUUUACGAAUGAGGAUGUAAUGGGCUGUAUGAGGACGGUUGUGGGCUGCGUGCGUGGGGAAGACGUGCUUAUCAGCCCGUGGUGGGCGGGGCACCCGCUGUGCAUAGCGAAGCUAGGGUGGCUGGGGUACGUGUACAACAUGCGGGCGUACUCGUGCGGGCUGAACACAAGCUUCAGCCUGGUGCGAAGGAAAGUACCAAAAAGCUACGGAAAAGAGGUUUACAAGCAUACGAGAGAGCCGGAGAAGGACAGGGCGCGCCUUCCCGACAGCAUUGCAAGCACAGUGGUGUUUGCAGGAGACGGAGAGUACAGUGUGGCGUUCCACCGCGCGCUGGUGCAUAUGUUUGGCCUGCAGAAAGACAGCGGAUCAACAUACGAUCGCCUGACAGUUGAGACAGGGCGACCAUGUUCUUUCACGCAGUUUCUCCGGGAGAGCUGCAGAACAAAAAAAGAGGCGCACUACGUGCUGGCUGCGCUGGUUCUGCUGAGCGAGGGCGUGGACGUGCCGAUUGAGACCGCUGGGAACAAAGUAAUUCUAAAAAAAAGAAAAGACAGCGAGGAGGCACUGGUGGACGCGCAUAUAAGCGUGCCAGCUGUGGAGAGUGGAGAAAGUCCGCCGUCCGAGACGUGGCAGGUAGUGAACUUCUUCAAGCGGUACAGAGGCACACACAUGCUGCCAAGCACGUACGAAGAGUUUAAAACGGGCGAGUUUCUGGAGAGCCCGCAGCUCCUGAUUCUCACGUACAUAGGCGAGUACGUAGGCAAUGCGGAGGAGCUUAUGUCUGUGAUGGAGUGCAUAUUCAAGCUUGUGGAGGGUGUGGGCCUGGCAGAAAGUGUGGGAGAUCCCGGCAGCGUGGUCGGGCGGAUCUUUGUGCGUGCAGAGCAGCUUCCGAAAGCAGGGGCGUAUCUGGGCCCGUUUUUGGGCGCGCAGAAAAAAAUGGAGAGGAUGCGGAUCUUCGGAGAGUUUGUGCAUGUGCAGAAGCAUCUAAACUCUCCGAGCUAUUGUGAACGGGUUACUGAUGAGUCUGAUUCGGGUGAGCCCAGCAGAGAAGACCCGCUCAGCCCUGAAAUAUGCCCCGAGUACAGCGGGCUUAAAGAAGCAGACAGCUCAGACGAUUCAGACAUGCUGCAGAGCACUAUAAGUGGCCCAGCUAAUCUUGAAUCGCGCUCCAGAUACAUUUGCCCGGAGCGUGCAUUGUGUUUGCUUCUUCUGUGCCUGGCGUACGACCCCGAGGAGAUGGAGUACGACCUUCAAGGCCUGCUGGAGCGCAUUAAGCAGACAGCGGAGUCGGCUGAGGUUAGAGCGGCAAUUCUAGCGCUGCAGGCCCAUGCAGAAGAGCGCACAUUUUUCGGGGCAUUUAGCUCACUCGACUGGACAGAGACAGACUAUUAUUCUAAACUUGACAUAGUUGAGCAACUUGUGGAUAUUUGGAAGAAAGGGAAUCUGCGCAUUCUAGACUUGAUGCGCGAGUUUGCCACGAAAACCGGGCAGCCGCAAAACGUGGUGGAUUGCUUGGUGUCGCUUUCGGGGAGCCAACCGAAAGUGCAUGGAAACAUCUUGGAUGCCGAGGCGCUGGAGCGCAUCAGUGCGGUUGUGCGCUCGCUGGCUGUGCAUAGGCAGGCGCAGAUAGAGAUCGUGGGAGAUCUAGACAAGUUGAACUGCUGUCGCUAUGCGGUUAGAGUAAAGCACCCGCACAAGGACAAAAGGCGCCAACAGACCUUUGAGAUGGUUGCCUGCGAGUGGUAUGUAAAGAGCUAUAUGCAGCUGCCAGACCCAUUUCUUUCCGGCGACGUGCUGAAAAAUAUGCACAGUCUGGCUGCGCAGUACAGACAGGACAUGCUUUUUUCCAGCUUUGUGUUUGCGGAGUGCGUCGACCGGAUGGUGCUGAGGUGCAACCAGCGCCGGGAUCUCGACAUAGAAAAGGAAAUACUGUGGAGGGCGGCAAGGAAAACCGCCAAGCGCAGCGCGGAGAGGCCGAACCGGGCGCUGUUGGGGCUGCCGAUUGUGGGCGUAAAAUUGAGAGAAGAGCUUUCUGCGAAGAUUGUUCUGUUUGCGCACCGGUACGGCGUGGCGCUAUCUGCCUCGCAUCCAAUCGCGCGCCUGGUCGCAAACGUGAUAGGGAGCGCGGGGCUUGAAGAAGAAUACACGCGUGAAGGUAUUUUGAAGGUGCCAUUGUUUGUUGGCAUUAUAGAGGAACUGUGCCCAAGCGCGCGCCCGCCCAAGGGCUGCACUGCAGCGCCCUUUGAAUACUAUAGAAGAACUGCGUAUCGGGACGUGUAUGCCAAAAAAAAGUGCAUGUUUUUCACAGGAAGGGUUGCCAUGGAGCACAUCCGAAUGUGUGCUGCGUAUACGGGGAGGCCUUUGUUCAACUGCACGUUGCUAAAAGGCUACAGGUGCCGAGAGAACGUAUCAUGCUUCCUGGCUGCAGAAAGGCCCGGGGAAACCCUAGAAGAAAUCAUCACGCUUGUCCGGGCCGAGCAUACAGGGAGGGCGCUGGCGGAGGCCAAUGCGCUGGUUAGAAAGUUGCUUUUUACUUGGCUUUUUGCGGCACUUUCCUCCAGCGAGGCAGCGGUGCAUUGCGAGCUCAUUGUGUGGGUGUGCCAGGAGCUAGGCCGGGAGGGCUUUUUCCGCGGCUGCAAAGAAGAAGUAUCGGACUUCAACUUUAAAGCGGUCAGUAAAGCGCUGGCGCCCUUGGAGGACGCGCGCAUGCAAAGGGCUCUUGCGAGCAUUGGGUGGGCGAAGCUUGACAUGCUGAAGAGAGCAUUGUGCGAGCGGCGGGAGCUUUGCUUGAGAUUUCGGAUGUAG